AUGGCUCCCAAGGCGGAGAAGAAGCCGGCUGCCGCCGAGAAGACCCCGGCGGCGGAGAAGACCACGGCGGGGAAGAAGCCCAAGGCCGAGAAGCGGCCGCCCAAGUCCAAGGAGGGCGGCGCCGACAAGAAGAAGAAGAAGGCCAAGAAGAGCGUGGAGACGUACAAGAUCUACAUCUUCAAGGUGCUGAAGCAGGUGCACCCGGACAUCGGCAUCUCCUCCAAGGCCAUGUCCAUCAUGAACUCCUUCAUCAACGACAUCUUCGAGAAGCUGGCCGGCGAGUCGGCCAAGCUCGCCCGCUACAACAAGAAGCCCACCAUCACGUCCCGGGAGAUCCAGACCUCCGUCCGCCUCGUCCUCCCCGGGGAGCUCGCCAAGCACGCCGUCUCCGAGGGCACCAAGGCCGUCACCAAGUUCACCUCCUCUUAG